AUGUUGCAGGAAUUUAUAAAGAGCCAGUGUCUGGUGCUUCAACUCAAGCUUGCGUUUAAAAGUGCUUCGGUUCCCAAUGAGGCUUUAGUCCAUAAAGCACUCACAACAGAGCUUCAGAGCCUGGGCAACGUCCUGUAUUCGAGAUCCAACGCAUCUGUUUGGCAAAAGACCCUGAAGCGAACGGAACCCAAAAUCGAUUUGAUCAUAUCAAGCAAUAACCUGGAUGCGCUAUCCACAGUUCUUUUCAACCUGAGAGGUUUUACGGUUCCGGCACUCGACUUCGAUACAAAUGUGUUACAGCCUGAUCCGCCUCUGUCGCUCAAGGAAUCCCAAACGUUGCAAGAGCUGUGCGAAAAGCUGCGAUCGGUCUGGUCUCAAAACGCCCAUCGUCGGAAGUCGCAAUCCCGAGACCUGGCACCCUUUGCAUCUCUCGGACCUUGGACCUUCAAAAGCACUCCAGUCAGCCACAUUCAAACAUCAGCCGCGACAACUUUGAGGGCUCCAACUAUCUUGCCAGUGGACGAACAAUCGCAUAAGCAGCUCCAUGGAAGUCGAUUUUUCGAUUUCAGCAGGUGGCAGCCCCCGCGCGGGAACGGUGCCAACUUGAGCAGCGAGCACCAAGUAGAUGGUUUUUUCGAUUUCGCAAAGGCACAGCUGGCUGCUGACAGGCGACAUGUCCAUCUAGAACCCAUUUUAUACUCGGAUUUCGAAUCCCUCCCCCGAGAGCUCCAAGACUGGCUGGAAGACCCCGAUGAGGCCUCUACAAAUUCUGAAGCAGAAUCGGAGGAUGAUUCUAGACGUCUCGAUUUCUUACUACGCGGAUUUAAGGGGUUUGAACGAUGA